UUUGGAAUAGCUUUUAUUGUUGAAAAAAAAAUAUACCGGAAGUUCCGGAAUAUUAUGAAAAUCACGGAAGCAAAACUCAAUAACUCCUCUGCUCCAGCGAUGUAAGGUGAUGCUUAAGGCUUUUUUGGGAACUAACCUCAACUGAGAAAUGGACGUGACCUUAAGGGAUGGCCUGGGUUUGGAGGUUGCUUUUCAUUUUCAUGAUGCUGUGGACGGUUUGUCAAAGCCAUCUUCACUUUGCUCCAUCCAGCAGAGAAACAUCUGCAGCAGCAGCAGCAUCUAAUAAAACUGUAAAAACAGGCAUCGCUGCAGAGGUUGCAGGUUAUACUGAUGUGGCCAAACGGAUCAUAGACCUGGCCGUGUUCGGUGCGGCCCGGAAUCGCUCUUACACCAGACUGGCUGACUUUACUGACACCAUCGGGACCCGUGUCAGCGGCUCAAACAAUCUGGAUAUGGGGAUUAAAUACAUGUACAAUGCCAUGGUGAAGGAUGGCUUGGAUGUGCAUCUAGAACCAGUCAAAAUCCCACACUGGGUAAGAGGAAAGGAGAGCGCACAGAUGCUGCUGCCCAGGACGAAGAGCCUGGCUGUACUGGGACUGGGCAGCAGUGUAGGAACCCCACCUGAGGGUAUCAAAGCAGAGGUGCUGGUGGUUCAGUCGUUUGAGGAACUGAAGCAGAGAGCCAGUGAGGCCACAGGAAAGAUUGUAGUUUUUAACCAGCCGUUUGUCAGCUAUGGAAAGACUGUGGCUUACCGCGCUUUUGGUGCGUCUGAGGCAGCCAAAGUGGGGGCUGUGGCCACACUCAUUCGCUCCAUUACUCCAUUCUCUAUCAACAGUCCUCACACAGGUUGGCAGAACUACCAGGAUGGAGUGAGGCGCAUCCCUACAGCCUGCAUUACCGUGGAGGAUGCUGAGCUGAUGUGGCGCAUAGCCCAGAGGGGUCAGCAGAUUGUGGUUCAACUCAACAUGGAAGCUAAGACUUUGCCAGAUGUUGGCUCUUUCAACACGGUGGCUGAAAUUAGAGGCUGGCAGCACCCUAACCAGGUCGUUGUACUGAGUGGUCAUUUGGACAGCUGGGAUGUGGGCCAAGGCGCCAUGGACGAUGGAGGUGGAGCCAUGAUUUCCUGGGAGGCCCUGUCACUAAUCAAAGAUCUAGGCUUGCAUCCACGAAGAACUCUCAGAACAAUUUUGUGGACGGCUGAGGAGCAGGGCGGGGUUGGAGCCCAGCAGUACUUUAGUCUGCACAAGGGGAACAUGUCCAACUUUGACCUUGUUAUGGAAUCUGACUUGGGGACAUUCACCCCGGUUGCUCUCCAGUUUACUGGCAGUGAUGCAGCCCGAAAGGUUAUGGAAGAAGUGGUCAAACUUCUGGCUCCAAUUAACGUAACUAAACUGGAGGACAACGGUGAGGGGACAGACAUCUCACCGUGGAUGAAGGUGGGAGUGCCAGGGACCUAAUCAACCUGUCACCUGAACUGAAGACACCUGUUUGAACUAAUCGCCUGUAGAAAAGACACCUGUCCACAGAAUCAGACAAGAGUCCAAACUGUCCAACAUGAGAAAGACUAAAGACCUUUCAGUGGAUUUAAGGGAGGAGACUGUAGACCUGCACCAGACCGGAAUGGACCACAAAACCAUCAGCAAGAAGCUUGAGGUUAAGAUGACAACUGUUGGUGCAAAUGUCACAAGAUACAAGAACAUGACCAUCAGUCCACCUUUAGGUCUGAGGCUCCAAACCAGAUCUUAACCGUGCUUAAGAAGGCACACUUGCAGGCCCACUCGAAGUUUGCCAAUAAGCACUUUCAUGAUUUAGAAAAGGAUUGGAAGAAGCUGCCAUGGCUGUGACCAAAACUGAGCUCUUUGGCAUCCCGCCGUGUUUGGGGGAAGAGAAAAAUGCUGCCUAUGACCCCGAAAACACCAUCUGCACUGUCCUGCAUGGAGGUGGAAACAGGUUGUGUGAUGGGUGGUGGUGUCUGCACAUGGCUACUGGACCGUAUGGAUGGCAGGAUGGACAGAUCCACAUUCCAUCAAAUCCUAAAUGAGCAGUUCCCUCCACCAGGGGGCUUAAAGUGGUUUGUGAAUGGGUCUUCCAGCAACAUAUGGACCCAAAGCAGAAAGCAAAGGCAACCAGGGAAUGGCUAAUCCUAUAGAAAAGCUAUGAAGAGAGCUGAAGCUCAGAGUUGCCAAUCAACAGACGCUAAAUCUUAAUGAUUUAGAAAUCAUUUGUAAAGAAAAGUGGAGCAGAAUUCCUCCUGAUCUGUGCAGAAACCUGCCCAUCAACUAGAAGAGACCUCUGACCUCUGUGCUGCUAAACAGGAUUUUGCCACAAUGUGUUAAGUCUUUCCAAGAAGAGGUUUUAAAUAUUUUUUUCCCUCAAUGAAAUGGAAAAAAGUAUAAUCUUUAAAUCUUUAAGUGAGUCUUUAAAGUCAAGCUCUUGAUUUUCUUUGUGAUUUUCUAUUUCUCAUGGUUCAAAUGAACCUAGCAUUAGGAUGACAGACUGUCAAUUUCCUUUUUUUAGUGGGCAAACUUACAAAAGCAGCAACGGAUCAAAUACUUAUUUCCUCCACUGUACGUCUGCGGUUCUGGUUUCCUGAAGUCAAAGUUCUGGUUUCAGAUGAUUUCAUCCUUUCUUCUGGAAAUGAGACAAAAUGGUGAAGUGAGAGUAGAAUAUUGCUUAAGUUAGAAUUUCUUUAGAAACUCCAGAACCCAAAACCAAAGAAUCUCUGUAUAGCCAUAAGCAGCCAAACAGAGACAUUUUCUUAAGUGAAGUUUAUCAGAUCAAACCUCAAAUUCAAGCGUCCUGCUGUUACCAUGAGUGACUCUUUUUGAAGGAAUGCAGCUGCAAAUAAAAGUUAAAAUGACUUUUCUAAAUUCAUUCAAACAAACCGGUUAUUUCACAUAAACAAGAACAUUAGAA